UAACCUGCAGUCCAACAAUAUAGAGUUAAGUACACAUAGUUCAUGCUGGUUUCAUACACACAUUAGCAGGACGACUUGUUCGUUAACUAGCAAAGCGUACUUCAACAGCAGCUUUGUUAUUUCAAUAGAUCCUGGAUUUUCUGUGAGUAACGAAAACAAACGAUUUGAGAAAUGUCUAUAGACGAAGACAGGGCCAAGGACAUUUUGAAGGGCUUCAAACUAAACUGGAUGAAUCUUCGAGAUGCAGAGACGGGCAAAGUGCUGUGGCAGGGAACUGAGGACCUCUCUGUUCCAGGAGUAGAGCAUGAAGCUCGUGUUCCGAAGAAGAUCCUAAAGUGUAAAGCAGUGUCCAGAGAAUUAAACUUUUCUUCUUCAGAGAAACUGGAAAAGUUCAGACUGGAGCAGAAAGUUUUCUUCAAAGGACAGUGUCUAGAAGAAUGGUUCUUUGAGUUUGGUUUUGUUAUCCCCAACUCCACCAACACAUGGCAGUCUCUGAUAGAAGCAGCUCCAGAGUCCCAGAUGAUGCCAGCUAAUGUUUUAACUGGUAAUGUGAUCAUAGAGACCAAGUUCUACGAUGAUGACCUCCACGUCAGCACCUCCAGGGUACGACUUUUUUACGUCUGACUUCUCAACCCCUGGCUCUACCCUCCAAAAUGCUGAUGUCCUGCCAAGGUCUAUACAUUACCAAUGUUAGCUAUGAUUUUCAGCAAUAAACGGCUCAUUGCUGACUUGGGAUCAGCACAUUUGGAUGAAACCCAGCUGCGGUCCCACAAUCAGUAAAGUGAGCUUUGUGUUUGGUUGUUCUCUUGUUUUGUGUCGACCUGAAAACUUCCUCUAGACCUUGGGAGAAGAGGUGAGAAGAGGUGAGCACUGUGCUGUUUCCUCUGUUCACGAGAUCAUCACUCUCAGCUUCUCCCCCUCAGACUUUUCCACUGUAAAUAAUAUACCACUGAUCACCAUCCAGGAGCCACUCUCUGGUUUGGACUUUUUUUAUUUUUAUUCCGCUCUCUCACUCAAAGGUUGCAUUUACUCAGGAACAUCAGACGUGUAACUUGCCUGACGUGAUCUUCUCUUUUCUGUUUAAAACUGCUCUCAAUGUGUUCUAUCGAGGGAGGAAGUUUAGUGCCUCAUCUGAGAUACGUUCCAAUAGUUCCUCAUCAUAAAACACAGGAUAACAUUCCCCCUAGCUGUGUCCCACUCCAGAGGCUGCUGCCUGUGAAGUCCACAUUACAUGACAAAGUAUAUUCGCUGUCCUGUUCCAAAGUCCCAUUGAAAUGUAGUCUAUUUUUGUAUACACUUGAAGAACAAAACAGAUACAUUGUUUGUUGUCCUUAAUAUCCCAAAAUCGCACUUGUUAGUUUUUGUCAAAUUGGAAUAUUGUUGAGUGAAAUGGAAGUUGUAUGGAUAUAUUUGAACGAUGACGAAUCAUAUAUUCACUUUUACGAACUGACAAGGACUGCCUGAAUGCAUCGUUAAUGGUGGUCUCUGUGAGGUCAAGAAUUGUAACUGGUAAUGUAGCCUUUGGUCCUCUGAAGGACACACUUCUGCAGGCAGUCUCUAAAGAUGGACACAGCUUCUUCCAACCAAAUCUUUCCUGUUUCCUGACCACAUGAAACAACAUUGUGUGAUGGAGGACCAAGCACAGGUGCUGGUUUAUCUCGAUUGCUUCUUCCCUGUAUUGUUUGGAAUGAAAAGCUGCCCACUGUUGUCAUGACACAUGGUCGGAAAGCACUGUGUUUGGGGAACAUUCAUCAGCAGACGUAAAAGUAAAUGCAUCCACAUGUAUUUAAAGAUUUCAACUAUAUUAUCAUCAGGUGUAAACGAAGUCCUCAUCAUUCAUUCUCAGUAGUUCAGAUGUCACCAGCGGCUAAACUCAGUUAUUCCCUGUACAUUUGAUUUCCCAUCCAUUUCUUUUUUUUUUCUUAGCUGCUAACUGGGCAGUGUAAAAUAGACUUGUGUUAUAAUAUGACCGGAGUUGUGGAUUAAAAUCAUCCAAUGUUGUAAUAA